AAAUUUGUAAAAUAAACCCACCCACCUCCAAAAUGGUGAUCCCCUUGGGAUUCUUUCCUCCCCUCCUAAAUCCGGGAAUGCUUCGGCACGCUUGAUUUGUUUACAAUAAGAGGGUCGUUAUAUUUCGAACACGCUAUAAUAAUUGAAUUAUUCAGGCUGUACUAUUACAUUCUGUAUUCAGCUAACUGCAAAAACUGGUUGGUCGUUCUGGCUAUGCAAAGCUAAAUAUGCGUUAGUUUUUUCCCUCGCAAUCACGUUGGAAUUCAAAUUUUCAUUUGAAUUUCCGUCAGAUGAAUUCCCUUAGGAUAUGUUUUCCAUUUUCCCGAAAUAUGCAAAUCCUAGUAUUCCAGAAAAGAAAGGUUGCCAGCGGUCAAAUGGAAAACAAAUCAUACUCAUAUAUUUUUACAAAGAGAACCCUUGGAAAUGUGCGUUCGCGUUCGAAUGAAUUUUUACAAUUGAAGGGUAAGAUAUAUUGUUCAAAAUCGUUAGACCUAGCGAUGAAAUGAUCGCAACCGUCUAACACAUCUUUGUUGUUCCGUUCUCGGUCGAGGAGAAUUUCUAUUUGCUUAAAAAGCCCCGUUAAAAAGGCAUUUUUCAUUGUAGCAUAAUUCAUUCGGAUAUCAACAAAAUGGCGUUUCGCCGAUGUGUGCAUGCAUGUGCAGUAAUAUUUGCGUUAAGCCAAAUGGUUGUCCUCUCCAUAUUGUUCAUUAAACACGAGAACGUUCGUAUUAUCAAGCAUCGUCGUGUGAAAUUAGUUAGCUCACACAGGUCCAGACUUUUAAAUGCACCGGUUAUCAGGAACAUAGAAGAGCAGGAGGCUGUUAAUUCAUAUACGAACAUGCGUUCAUCGUCUGAUGUAUUUGGGAGAGACAAAAACAAGCAGUAUCUUGACAAGGGAUUAAUGGAAGAUCUGCACAUGACAGAAGAAGGUGUACGUAAAAGUAGAAAAUAUGGUGGCAGUAGUUUGUUUGAUCACCGUAGAUCUUCACUGAUGGAGUUCAGUGACGAUACCGUUGAGGAAGAGGACAACACUAUUAACCUUCCUCGGUUACUUUUUAGGAACGUACCACCGGUAACCUCUCCAAAGCUCACUAUCCUUCUGGCCCAGUGGCGGUUUGGUUCAAGCAUAGUUGGCGAACUCUUCAAUCAGAAUUUGGAUGCAUUCUAUUUAUUUGAACCACUGUGGACUCUCAAUAGGUUAAAGUCUGUGUGGAGACAACCUGGAAGAUAUACAAGGCCAUCGACAAGGGACGUGUCCCGUCAGAUCCUUCGCGAAUUAGCCCAUUGUAAAUUCAAUAGCGACUUUGUCUGGACGUAUAGCGAAUGGCACCCUUUCCAAAACAGAGCCAUAUGUAACCUUAGCCCAGAGUGUCUGUUAUCCGGUGAACAGUGGUUUGAAAACUUCUGCAGGACUUCCAGAGAAAAUAUAGCAACAAAAAUUAUUCGUGUUGAUCUCGAGGAUUUAAGACCUCUCGUUGAAAUGGACAACAUUGAUCUGAGGAUAAUCCAUCUGGUGCGGGAUCCUAGAGGAGCAGCUGCGUCUAGGAUUGAUUAUAUCACUGACAGGUAUCAACCACAUCAGCAAUAUUUCAGAGACAUUGGUAGACUGAAACCGCUUGGUCUCCUGGACACAGUCCCCGAUGAGCUCAUGUACAUUCAGGAGAUGAGAGAAAACAAUCCUACUGCUCGUGGAAUGUGCAAAUGGAUUGAAAGAAACGCAAAGACCUCGAAAAAUCAUUUGCCAAAAUGGUUGCAAGGACACUACAAACUUAUCAGGUAUGAAGACUUUGCCGUGAAACCUGUAAAUAUCUCGAAAGAGAUCUACGAGUUUAUAGGAUUGCCAUUUCCAAACUACCUUAAACAUUGGAUUGAGGCGAACACCAAAGCUAUUUACAGGGAUGAUGAUAUCUUUUCAAAUCGAAGAAAUUCUCUUGAAGCAGCCACUCGUUGGAUUGUUGAUCUUUCUGAAUUAGAAAUAAGACAGAUUGAAAAGGAGUGCAGAGAUGCCUUAAAAAUGCUUGACUAUAAGCUAUACGAUGAACUUAAAUACACAUUAUAACAUGUAGCUUGCCAGGUGUGUAGUUGGAUAAUGGAUGUUCUUACAAGGAUGAUGUUGAGAAUCGUGUACUGCCCUCCUGUACAAUGUGUACUUGGUAAAUACUGAGAAAACAAAAAUCUAUUUAUUAUUCAUGGUUUGAACGAUACAUACCAAUUGUGGUAAUGGUUUCGAAAGAUGUGUAUUACGGAAUCCAAUAAAAUGACCUGGGCACCUGGCAGGUGUCUCUUUGUGCCAAUGGAUUCUGGAAAAAACUUGUCUAAUUACCGACAAAAUUAGCAAAAUUAAAUGGGAUCCAAGCAAAGUGUCUGUUAUUUUUCCAAGCAAUAUUAAUACACUGCUCCCACGCGUGUUUAUCUGUUUUUACAAUCUACAGUGCAAUCGUUUUAUAUUCCAUGGUUUGACAAAGUUCAACUUAUGUAUAACUCUACCAAAUGUAGAUAUACAAUGUUAAAGUGGAAACUGAUCUUGGUUUCACAGACUUUCUCUCGAAAUUAGUGUUUACUCCAACUACUUUCAUUUAUCUGUAUUUCUUGUUGAGUAUGUAUUUCUUGACCAAAAGUUAUUUUGAAUGAGAUUCAUGUUUCUCUUCAACCCCCUUUUUCCUUUUUAUUCUAAAUGAUGUCCUAAUUACCGACGUUAAACAUUGUCAAACAGAAAUUAAUCAGUAUUGUGUGUAUGCCUGAGGCUGUGUGUGCCGUUAUGUUGUGUGUGUAGUGGAAAGUGUCGAGCUUCAAUUGGAUAUAUAAUUUUCAUACAUGACAACAAGAGAUAACCAGUAAAUAUAAUGCCAUUGAGCUAUUAUAUUAAAAAGUAUUAGAUUACCUUGCGUGUGAAAGAAAACAUUGCUACGAUUAGAUUUCUGUGUAUUAUGCAAACGAAAAGAGGUAAAAACUUUAUCACCACGAUAAUGUAUUUUUACAUAGAAAAUCUGAAAAUUUAUAUGAAAGUACCAUUUUGUAUACAUUAUUGUUCUAAUGUCUAAUGUAUGACUACUUUAAAUUCUAUGUGGCACGUUGAACCAUAUCGUAUGGGAAAAACAAUUUGUACUUUUUUAUGUACCUUUUUAAUGCAAAUAGUGAAAAAUUGGAUGAUACAGGCCCACUCUCAUCGGGGUUUUUGUGACAAAGCUUAGGAAAAGCUUAUGUUUUAUAUUAUCGAAUUUCAUAUUUUUAUUUAUUUCUGGACUAUGCAUAUCACUUUAUAACCUUUGAUCAAAUGCGUUUAUCUUUUCCAGAAAAAAAACCUUUGCUCGAACUUUAAAGUUCACUUUUCUUCAUAUUAGAAUUCAUGCCCUAUAGACGGGUCAAUAUGUGGUUUGACCCGUAACAAAUAGCAACAAAUGAUUUUUCAACUGUUUUGGGCAGUAUUUGACCUCAGUAAUAACAUACUAAAAAUCUAUCAAAAUCCGCAUAAGGAAAAGUAGUUAUUUUCAAGAUGGCCGCCAUUCACUGUAAAUGGAUAUAAUUCAUUAUCCACCCUAGAUACUCCGUUUCAUAUUCCAUGGUCCAAUGGGUAAACAAAUUUAUUGAUACAAGUUAGAGUGAAUAUUAGUACUCCAGGGUACCAGGAAAAUCCAAGAUGGUGCCCAAAAUGGCUGCCGUAGGCUGAAAAUCCACAAUCUAAGUGGCUUUACUUUUGAUUUUAUUCAAUGGUUUUAAAGGUGAAGUCGUACAUUGAUCCAAGAUGUUGUCAAAAAAUCCAAGAUGGUUUAAAAAAAUUGAGUUUAAAAUGACUGUUAACACUUAAAAUGGACAUAACUCAUAUCAUAUCCACCUGGGAGAUAUGAUUUUGUUGUCUAGACCAUGGUUUCAAUGGUCAAAUAAUACAUUAUGACAAGUUACAAAGACAGUCAGUGGUCCGGUAUGUUCACAAAUCCAAGAUGUCUUCAAAAAAUGGAGUAAAAAGGCUGUUGCUAAUUGAAAAAAAUGUCAGGGAAUAUGAUUUUUGUGCCUUUACCAUGGUUAAAUGGGUCAAAUAAUACAUUGGGAUAAAUUACAAGGACGAUGGGUGGUCAAGUAUGUCCAAAAGUUCACGGUGGCUUAAGAAAUAGUAUGAAUAGCCGCUGAUAUUUACAAAUGAACAUAGUUCAUGUAAUAUCCGUCAAGGGCAUAUGAUUUUUAUGUCUCUACUAUGGUUGUAAAAGUCAGAAAAUUAUUAACAAGGACAGUCAGUGGUCCAGUAUGUUGAAAAUCCAAGAUGGCUUCCAAAAAUCGGAGUCUAAAAUGAUUGCUGUUUAAAAAUGGACAUAGUUCAUAAUAAAAUCCACCAAGGAAUUGUGAUUUCGAUGUCCAUACUAUUUCAUGGUAAAAAUAAUACAUUUGGACUGGUUACAUUGAUUUGCAGUUGUCCAAUUUGCCUAAAAAUCAAAGAGGGGUCUAAAAAGGUGAUCUUAAACGACUCGUAUCACUCAAUAAUGAUCAGCGUUCUGCAAUAGUUAUUUUUUGACCAUUUAAACCAGUGGUUUAGACAAGAUUGUCUUGGUGCCAUUCGUUCCUGGAUGACUGUGAACUAUCGACUCCUUAACGAUAACAAAAUGGAAGUCCUGCAUAUCUCAUCCCAUCGUAGACAUACCCCUGAGCUACCUCCAAUUCAAAUUACAAAUGUUUAUAUACAUCACUCUAAAACGGUUACUAACUUUGGUGUUUUGUUUGAUAAAAAAGUUUCAAUGCGUCCCUAUGCAUGUCAACAGCAUCUGUCGUAAAGCAUCCGUCGCCCUAAGAAAAAUGUGUAAAAUUAAAAAAUAUCUCUCAAAGUCAUCUACUGAAGUCCUCAUUCAUGCAUUUAUUAGUUCA